CCCCCAGGACUGCAUCCAGGAGUGGGCAGGUCUUUCCUAUCUCAGACAGCCAGACAUGAGCCAGCCCUACAGGAGCACCCAGAGCUCAGAGGCAUCAGAAUAGCCCUGUGUUCACAUCAAGCUCUGAAUCUCCCUUAGGAACUGCAGCUGCUGAAUGCUUCUCCCUAUGGCUGUGGACCUGGAGCCUUUAUAAAGUGAGCGACCACACCGUCCUGUCCAGUCUCAGCUGGGAAGCCAGCAGCCAUGAGGCUCUACUACCUUCUCUUUGCGUUGCUCUUCUUGUUCUUGCUGCCUGUUCCAGGCAAUGGCGGCAUCAUAAGCGGGUUACAAAGGUAUUAUUGCAAAAUAAGAAGCGGCCGGUGUGCUCUGAUUGGCUGCCUUCCAAAGGAGGAACAGAUAGGCCGCUGUUCACUGAGUGGCCGAAAAUGCUGCCGGAAGAAGAAAUGAAAAAUCCAGAAAUACAAGAAGAAUGUCACAAAGCGUCAAAAUGCUUCCUCCAGAAGCCAUUCAAAUUAAAGACUUUUUACAAAAAAUUAGAAGCUUGAUUAUUAUCAUUUUUAUUUUUUAACAUUCUGUUUAUUGUGCUAGUUGUUACCAAACAGGAAACUUAGAAAGUGUUAAUGACUCACCUUUAAUUCAAAUAAAGUAUAACCCAUAGUGAGAGGAUCCAAA